AAGUGACUGAUUGCGACUUGAUAAAUUCUUCACUUGGAAAUCUGUGACCUGUCGGCUGAUCUACAGCAUGGCUGCCCCUUCACCGUCACAACCUGCUGUCAGUGAUGCAGUCACGAGAGAACAGAAGCAGGCACAAACGACGGCAAUCCACCCUGCUAAAGAGCCCAAGAUAGCUCAUGGCGCUGAUGCUGCGCUACAUCUGCUCAAAGAGACUGGAGGUCUUCGCCGACCUGUUGAUCCUGAAGCCAGCAAACGUCUGCUGCGGAAGAUCGACCUGCACAUCAUGCCGCUGAUCUGCAUCGUUUAUUUCUUGCAAUACAUUGAUAAGACUGCUAUAUCCUACGCCUCCGUUACUGGCAUCAUCGAGAGCACCGGCUUACAUGGCAACCAAUUUAACUGGGUGGCAUCAAUUUUCUUUUUUGGACAGCUCGCAUUCGAGUUCCCUACCAUCCGUCUUAUACAGCUCUUCCCGCUUGCGAAAUACGUCGCCGUCAAUGUAACCAUCUGGGGCGCCGUACUAGCUUCCCUGGCAGCCUGCAAAUCCUAUGCCUCGCUUUUGGCUUGCCGCUUUCUUCUCGGCGCUGCAGAAGCUGCAGUAGUACCUGCCUGGGUCAUAUUCACGUCACAAUGGUACACUCGUAAUGAACAAGCCUUCCGUGUAGGCAUCUGGUUCUCCGUCUGUGGUGCUGCCCAGAUGUUCGGGGGCUACUUCGCCUAUGGGGUAGCCAACCAUGUCGGCGGUGACGCAAGCGCUGCACUUCGAGGAUGGCAGAUCAUUUUCCUCUUCCUGGGUCUUCUUACAGCAGUUGUGGGUGUCAGCUUCUGGUUCAUCAUGCCUGACUCGCCCGAGUUCGCUGGCUUUCUCACCCCAGAGGAGAAGAGUCUACAUAUCGAACGUAUCCGUGGCAACAUCCAAGGCAUUGGUAGUCGAACUUUCAAAUGGGAUCAAUUCUGGGAGGCCGUCCAGGAUCCAAUGACCUGGCUCUACGCAUUCUGGAUUUUCGCUGCGAACAUUCCCAAUUCGAUCGCGACGUCUUUCGGUAACAUCCUGGUCAAGGGCAUGGGCUACACCUCAAAAGAAUCACUGCUGCUUGUCACACCUCUCGGUGCAUACGAGAUCGUGGUACUGGUCGGUCUGACGUUCGUCGCCAUGAAGACUGAACAACGCCUCUACGCCUGUAUCGCGGGCCAUAUACCAGCCAUCAUCGGCGCUAUUCUCAUGGCAACAACGAAUAAAGUGCCUGCAUUAAUUGGAUACUACUUCUCGGGCGGCAUCCCGAUCGGCUGGACGACGAUUCUUGGUCUACAAGCGUCCAACGUCGCGGGCAGUACCAAAAAGAUCACCGUCAGUAUCAUCGGCACAAUUGCAUACACCAUCGGCAACAUCAUCUCUCCGCAGACAUUCCAGAGUAAGGACGCACCGAGGUAUCUGCCUGCGAAGAUCAGCAUCGUCAUUCUGUACGUUUUGAUCACCAUAGAUUUGGUCUUGAUGAGGUGGCUCUUUGUCCGCCGUAAUCGGCAGAGAGAGGAAGAGAAGAGUGCGAAGGGUGAGGAAUGGAAAGUCGAAGAGAACCAUGAGUUCCUAGAUCAGACGGAUUUCGAGAACAGGGAGUUUAGAUACGUCUUGUAGACAGCCAUGGGAAGGAACACUGCUUUGGGUGUGCACGUUUAACCAUCAAUCAACAAGUGCACUUACAAAUGGUGUGGCUCAAUCAAGGGGCUCGUUGUGACUCAUAUGAUUCAACGUACAAAACCCCCUGUUUGUGUCUGGCAUCCUGAACCUUUCUUUCGUACGAGCGGCAUUGUACUCGGAAAGUGGGUAAAGCUCAACU